UAUUAAUCAUAAUACUAACAAAAUGUCAAGUGAAUCUAAAAAUCAACAUGUGUAUUUAGUAGGCUUUCAAAGCAGUGCAUUGAACAAACGAAAAUUGCCAUCUCAGCGACAAGUAUUAAGUGUUUUUUUUUAUAAUUUGAAUUUUCUCAAACAAUCUGUUCGUGAAAGCGCACGAAAUGUAUUGAAUGAGGUUAAUGACAUUUGGAGUCUUACUGGUAUACCAGUAAUUAAAUCAUGUAAUGCAAUUUCAAAAAUUGUAAGACUCCAUAACGAGUGGAUUCUAUUAAAAAAAAAUAAGUCUCGCAAUACACAAACCCAAAAGUCGAAAGAAAAACGAUUUUCUUUAAAGUUGGAUCAAAUUUUCGAUUUAGCACUCCAAAAGUCUUUUAACCAGCUCACAGAAACACAAAAAGAAUUUUUAUCAAAUGAACGUAGAGCACAUAGAUCAAGCCCUAUUAUCUUCGAAACAAAUUCACAAACAGACAGUGAUGAAGAGUUAACUCGAAGUUUUUCUGGCCUAUCUACAUCAACUGGCAGUAAAUCUUUUCCAAGUUCAGGUGAACUCAAACGUGAAAUUUCAAAUUUUGAGAAUGAGUUACCUUCUCGUCUUAGACCAAAAAAGAAAAAAAACGUGAUAGAUCAGAAACUAGUUGCGACCCUAGAUCGCACACAAACGAGCGAUCGAAUGGCUGCAUACCUAGUGAAUUCCGUUGCUAAGAACUUCGACGUGGAUGUGGAUAAGAUAAAUACUAGCAGAAGUUCUCUACGACGACAUCGCAUGCAUCAACGGCAAGCAACUGCUAAAAAUUUGAAAGAAAAAAUUAUCUUUCCAUCAUGUUUAGUAUUGCAUUGGGAUGGAAAACUUCUUGAUGAUUCAGAAAGUGUCAAAAAAGUUGAGAGAUUGCCGGUAAUAGUAACAGGACUAGAUUUUGAACAUAUUUUGGGCGUUCCCAAAUUAGUUACUGGAGACAGUAAAAAUCAAACCGAUGCCAUAAUUAAAUUAUUAGAUGAAUGGAAGAUUAAAAACAAAAUUAAGGCUUUAUGUUUUGAUACUGCUGCUGUAAAUACGGGCUUGAAUAAUGGAACAUGCACUCAGCUUGAACGUGAGUUGAACAGAAAUCUUCUUCAUUUGGGUUGUAGACAUCAUAUAUACGAGUUGGUGCUUAGAAGUGUCGCAGAAACGUGUUGGCCGGUUACAAGUGGUCCUAAUGUUGCAAUAUUCAAUCGCUUCAAAAAUAAUUGGGAAAAUAUAAAUAAAGAAGAAUUUGAGACUGGAAUUGAAGAUUCUGAAGUUGAGAUAAAAACCAGAGACAUGAAAGACGAAAUUCUACAAUUUAUUUCAAGUCAAAUCAAGGAAUAUCAGCCGCGAGCUGACUACAAAGAACUGUUGGACUUAACUUAUAUUUUUUUGGGAGGAACUCCAUCAAGUCACUUUGGAUUCAAGCGACCUGGAGCGAUGCACCAUGCAAGAUGGUUAUCGAAAGCUAUUUAUUGUCUGAAAAUUUUUAUGUUUAAGAAGCAAUUUAAAGUAAAUGCCAAAGAAAUACCUCAGCUCCGAGACAUAUGUCUAUUUAUCGUUACAAUUUAUGUAAAAGCGUGGUGUCAAUGCCCUAAUGCUAUUAAAGCUCCAAAUCAGGAUUUACAGUUUUUGAAAGACAUCAUCAAGUACAAAGAUAUCAACAGAAAAAUUUCGAGUGCAGCUAUGGAUACAUUUUUAAGACACGGGUGGUACUUGUCAGAAUCUCUUGCCCCACUAUCUUUUUUCGACGACUCAAUACCUCGAGAGAUUAAAUUAAAAAUGAUUAACUCAUUUAAACAUAAUGAAAGUGUUUCAGAUGCUAAACGGAUCAGAGUACAAAUAUCUGAGAAUAUUUGUGCCCUAGAUAUGAGUGAAUUUAUUACCAAAAAAUCAACAGUUUUAUUUGAUUCAUUUAACUUGCCAUACGAUUUUCUUAACAUGGAUCCUAUGUUAUGGAAUACAAAUAAAAACUAUAUUGAUUGUUUAAAAUUCUUCAAAGAACUAAAAGUAGUCAACGAUGUGGCAGAGCGUGCGGUUGCUUUAAUUGAAAAAUACAACCAAUUUGGGACCAAAGAUGAAGAACAAAAACAAUAUCUGUUACAAGUAGUUGCUGCUCAUAGAAGAGAAUAUCCGAAUUGUAAUAAGAAAAAUUAUUCAUAAUUCGCAGUUAAUACUUCAUCAAAAGA